AUGACUUCACAAGCUCCAGAUCAGUUGAACGUAUCCUUUCUUAGGAUCCCAAGGUUGGCUAAUCAAUUUGAUACCUUAAUCAAUUCGUCCCAGUUGGCCGCUGGUGAAUUUGAUGAUUUAACAUUAGCCGCUCAAUCAUGCUUGGAAUUGAUGGAUCAAUAUAAAACGCUUCAUCCAAGUUAUCAAGCGAUGAUUGACCACUUGAAUAGCCAUUCGGUGUCUCAUAAGUAUAGUGGAGAAUGGAUUUCUUCUAUUGAACAGGAAGAAGGUUUAUUGAAUUUAAAAGCAUUUAGAAAACUGCUCGAAAAUGAUGAUUUGAACCAAGAUGAUAAAUCAUUUAAAUUUGAUGAAUUUAAAAAAGUUUAUAUUCACUUUAUGAUAAAGAAUGAUUAUCAACAAGCAUCCUACUUCAUUAAUCUAUUCAGUUCGUUUAUUCAGUUCCAAUCUCAAGCUCAUAAUCACAAUCAAUUGGUUGAUAAUAGGUACGUUGAAUUCUUUUUUUAUCAAUUCAUAUUACAAAUUUAUAGUCAACUUUGGUUUCCUAAUAAUAAUGAGACUACUACUACUACUCGUGCAUCUUUUCAGUUGGGCCCAACUUCUGAAGAUAAGGAGAAAAUACCAAUUGAUGAACUGUUUGAAAAUGAACCGACUUCAAGUUAUUCAAACCCAAUUGGUAAUAAUAACUUAGGUGCUAUAUCCAGUAAAAUUAAAAAUUAUGAUAAUUUAUUGAAGAAAAUCAAUUUUUAUUAUGCUAAAAAUGAAAUACUUUUCAAUUCAUUGAAAAAUCAGUCUAAUGAUGAUAAUACCAUUUCAAAAUUAUCGGAUUUGACUAAAAAGGGCCUUGUCAGAGAAUUGAAAUUUUUUUGGUUAAUUAAAUGGUUAAAUGUAAUUCUUAUGUUUGAAGAAAAUGAUAUGAAUCAUUUUUUGGAAAAUUGCUAUGAAAUAUUACUAUCUAAUAGUAAUAUUCCAAAUAUAACAACCCUUGAAAUAAUUUUUAAUGAUUUUGAAUUCAAGUCAGAAUUACUUUCAGCUAUUUGUUUGGCUUCAAUUUUCACAAGACCUUUUAAAGAAUUAACUCUUAUGAAUGACUUUGGUAAUACUACCAAUAAAGAUCCAAGGAAUUUCAUUGAUCAACAACUUAUUGAUUUGAUCGUAUCUAAUGAUGGGCUCGAAUCUAGUAUUUAUCAAUUGUUAUUAAAUAUUUCUGAAUUGAACACUUGGGAAACGAAAGCUAAAUUGCUUAAUGAUCAAUUCAUUUUAAAAAUUUAUUCAAAACUCGGUUAUUUAUUACCCUCAUCGAAUGAAAGAUUUAUAAAUAACUUUUCAAAUGCUAAAAAAUUCAUUUAUUAUCUUAAUUUAAUCAUUGAUUUCAAAAAUUUUCUAUUAAUUUUAUCGGUAUCUUCUAAAAUUCCAAGGCUUACAAUGUUGAAAAAAUUAGGUUAUAAAGAGUCACAGUCGGAAGAAAUAUCUAAUGAUUUAUUAGCACUAAUGUCGAUUCUAAAUCUUGGUGAACAACAAAUUGGAUAUAAUUCAAAAUUAGAUUAUUUCUUCAAUGAUAUAAAUCAACAAGAUGAAAAUUUAAGGAUUUUGAAAUUACAAAAGGAAUUAAAUACAUUAUCAAGUGAUCUUGAAUCUGAUUCAUUCGCUAGUCUAAUGAGAGGUAUACUUACUGAGAGAUUUUUUAGUUAA